AUGACAUCAAUCAACCAGAGAUUAGUUAAAAUUUUAGCAAAAAGUAGCAAAAAACUUCAAAAUAUGAGAGUUGACAAAAUAGGGUGUAUUGGAGCUGGAUACGUUGGUGGCCCAACUAUGGCAAUUAUUGCAUAUAAAUGCCCAAAUCUUAAAAUAUAUGUUUGUGAUAAGAACGUGAAAAGAAUACAAGAAUGGAAUUCGAGUACUCCUCCGAUAUUCGAACCCGGAUUAUUGGAUGUAUUAAAAAAAACACUAAAUGUAAAUUUGUUUUUUACUCAUGAAGUUGACAAAGUCAUUAAAGAAUGUGAUAUCAUUUUUAUCUCGGUAAAUACACCAACAAAAACUUAUGGCAAAGAAAAGGGUAAAGCUCCUGACCUAUCUAUGAUGGAAGAUUGUUGCAGAACAAUCUCCAGAAUUUCUGAAACUAGUAAAAUUGUUGUUGAAAAAUCAACAGUGCCAGUAAAAACCUCGGACUCUUUAUUAGAGGUGUUAUACUCGUGUAGAACGAAAAAGGAUGUGGAUUUCACAGUUAUUUCAAACCCUGAAUUUCUAGCCGAAGGAACUGCUAUUUCUGAUUUAGAAUUUCCAGAUAGAGUUUUAAUUGGAGGAAGAACAGAUUCUGAAAUUGGUAAGAUAGGAAUGGAAAUAUUGAAAACGAUAUACUUGAACUGGGUUCCUGAACAAAAAAUUCUAAUGAUGAAUGUUUGGAGUGCUGAAUUAGCAAAGCUAGCUUCUAAUGCAUUUCUCGCACAGAGAAUCUCAUCAAUCAAUUCAUUUUCAAGACUUUGUGAAAUCACUGGUGCCGAUAUUACCCAUAUUUCACAGGCUGUUGGAAGUGAUAAAAGGGUUGGAAAUCAGUUUUUAACGUCAUCCAUUGGCUUUGGAGGAAGUUGCUUCAAGAAAGACGUUUUAUGUCUUGCUUAUUUAUUUGACCAUUUCAACUUAAAGAAUGAAGCUGAGUAUUGGAGGCAGGUGAUUCACUUAAAUGAAGUUCAAAAGACAUCUUUUUCAACAAAAAUUGUUGAAUCAAUGUUUAAAUCUCUCAAGAACAAGAAAAUAUCUAUACUUGGAUUUUCAUUUAAAAAAGACACUAAUGAUGUAAGGGAGACCCCUUCAGGCACUAUUUGUUUCGAACUAUUACGAGAGGGAGCAAAUCUUACUAUUUAUGACCCCAAAUCAAAAAAUUCAGAGAUCAUUUCUGAAUUAAGUAAGUAUGGUAUCCAGUGCAUGCCUUAUGAAUGCAAACAGCAAGAUCAAACUUUAGUUGCUUCUCAAGGAACUAAACAAACUCCUAUAACCAACAUAACAGAUUACAACAAUAUUCAAAUAUCCCCAGAACUGCAAACAGCAAUUCAGGGCUCUCAUGCUCUGGUUUUCUGCACUGACUGGGAUGUAUUUAAGGAUAUCAACUUUCAACAAGCAUUUAAUAAUAUGGAAAAGCCUGCCUUCAUUUUUGACGGAAGAAACUUCCUUCAGCACCAUCAACUUUUCGAAAUUGGAUUUAAUGUUUUCUCAAUUGGAAGGCCUCCUUUAAUCAAUUCAAAUUCUCAAUCUAAAUUGGAAUUCCAAUCAUACUCUUCCUGCACUGCAACUAGUCAUUAUAAGAUGCAUGCAAAUAACGGUAUUUUUGGAAGUGGCGCCAAACAUGAUAAUUACAUGCAUGAAAACAAACCAUUAAAUUAA